ACCAAGCUUGUGGAUGAAUACUUCAAAGGAACGGCUACUAGUAUUGAAGGUAUUGGCAUCAAAGAAUUGGCAGAAGAAUCGGUUCGUUGGCAUGAAGAUGCAUUUGGCGACAAGCAAGUUUACAAAAAGCAUCUCGAUGUGGGCGGUGAUUAUGCCUACCGCAUUCGUGGUGAGAGUCACGUCUGGAAUCCCAACACGAUUGCUAAACUACAGCAUGCAGUACGUGCUAAUAAUGCCAAGACCUUUGGUGAGUUUUCUCAGUUGGUUGAUGAGCAAAACGAGAAUUUACUUACGCUACGUGGUCUGAUGGAGCUUAAGCUUGCAGAUAAGGCGCUUCCUAUUGAUGAAGUGGAGUCAGUAGCGGAGAUCGUUAAACGGUUUUCCACAGGGGCAAUGUCGUUCGGUAGUAUUUCUUACGAAGCACAUUCAACCCUAGCCGUUGCAAUGAAUCAAAUCGGUGGUAAAUCGAAUACCGGGGAAGGUGGCGAAGAAGCCAGUCGCUUUAUGCCGUUAGCCGAUGGUUCAAUGAACCCAGAGCGUUCUGCUAUUAAGCAAAUAGCAUCGGGACGUUUUGGUGUUACUGCUGAAUACUUAGUGAAUGCCGAC